AUGUUACCACCCCCACCGGCAUCACGUAAAUCGUCCUAUGCAUAUUCUCAUUCUCAGCCUCAUUAUUCAACUCUAAGUACCUCACCUACAAAUACGACUUUGGGACGUGGACAUGGGAGGAUACCAUCGUUCCGAAUAGCGGCUGAGCACGUGCUGGGAUUGGAUAACGAGGAUGAGGACGAAAAUGGGGAUUUGAAUGAGGAAGGUGAAGGAAUCGAUGACGAGGAUAAUGGAGAGAGGGAAAGGGGCUUGGAGGAAACUUUGGAAAAAAUCGGAUUCGGCGCAUAUCAGUGGAGAUUGCUUGCAUUAUGCGGUUUCGGCUGGAUGUCCGAUAAUUCAGCUUUACAAUGUAUAGCUGUGAUAUUACCUCGAGUCCAGGUACAUUUCAACCUCUCAUCAAAAGUAGUUGGACUGCUAUCGGCCUCGACUAUGGCUGGGAUGAUGAUAGGAGCAGUUGCUUGGGGAGUUAUAUCAGACUUAUUAGGUCGUGCAUUGCCCUUUAAUGCCACUCUAUUUUUGACUGCUGUAUUCGGUAUAGCAGCUAGCUUCAGUCCGAAUUUCGGUGUGCUGUGCUGCUGGAUGUUCUUAUUAGGUAGUGCUGUAGGCGGCUCAAUGCCAACGGACGGUACACUAUUCCUCGAAAAUCUUCCACAUAGUAAACAAUAUCUCUUAACGCUAUUAUCCGUAUUCUUCUCCCUCGGGGCUGUACUCAGUUCAGUGGUCAGCUUGAUAUUCUUACCUGGGCACAGCUGUAGUACUUUUGAAGGAUGUGACGUUCCGGCUGGAGAUAAUGAAGGUUGGAGAAGAGUCAUGUUUGUAUUGGGGUUGUUUAAUCUAGCUUGUGCAUUUGCAAGAUGGUUUUUAUUUCGAUUACAUGAGUCACCGAGAUAUUUGGUCAUAAAUGGAAGAGAAGCAGAAGCUGUAGUAGCAUUACAAGCGAUAGCAACAUUCAAUUCACAUGAAAUGGAUAUACAAAGAGAAGAUGUCCAAACUACUGAAAAUGUAGAAAUAAAUAUGUCAAAUGGGAAUGAGACUCAUGGUGGUGAUGUGCCAGACAGAUAUGACAAGAAGAAUUCGGAAUUACCAAGUCCAAAUCUACUUAGUAAUGGAAUUGGAGAUGAACGAAGUGAAUUACCUAGAUGGAGUAAUGAUGUUACACCUGAAGGAGGUAUAGGAAGAUAUGGUGGAUUAGGUGUUGGACCGAUAAUAAAUGGUAGUAGGAGAGAACCCAUAAGAUUAGGUUCAGCGUUUUACGCUCCUUCAACUCCUGGCAUACCUGACGAUCUGGAAGAACAUAAUAGAUUCGAUAAAUCUUUUGCUGCUGCCGCCGUUAACAACUCUCAUACAAGGGGAAAUGAAAAUGAAGAGGGACAAGUCCUUUUUGAUAGUAAUCAUGACAACGAGAAUGAUGAUGAUGAAAGAGUAGAAAAAGAUCGAUGGUCGAAUGGAAACAAUCUGAAAAGGAAACAAUUGAAAUGGUGGGAAUCUUGGUUGGAACAAAUGAAAAAACUCUUCGUGCCGCAAUGGAGAAAAACAGUGAUUCUUAUGUGGAUCAUUUGGGGUGCGACUAGUUUCGGAUACACCAUGUUCAACGUAUGGCUACCUAGUGUACUGGAGAGCAAAGCUUCUGGAGAAGGAGAUGAAGCUAUCAAGGAAGCUUUAGGUGAUUACGUACUAUAUUCUCUUGCUGGUUGUCCAGGUUCCAUCAUCGGCGCAUGGAUGAUUCAAACUCAAUUAGGAAGACGUAAAUCCCUAGCAAUCUGUACAUUAGCGACUGGCUUAUCAACUUUUGCAUUUAUCAAUGUGGAAGCUAAAUGGGCAGUAGUAGUCAGCUCAAUGCUAAUUUCCGCUGCGGCUACUGCUAUGUAUGCUGUAUUAUAUGGUAUGACGCCCGAAACUUUCGGUACGAGUAUAAGAGGAACCGCAUGUGGUACUUCUGCAGCUUUGAGUAGAUUUACCGGUGUUAUGGCCCCUGUAUCAGCAGGAUUCUUACUAUCUAUAUCACCUUCAUUACCUGUGUUUGUAUCUGCGGCUAUUUUUGUAGUGACAGCAGGUUGUUCACUGGCAUUACCUUUCGAAAGAGUAGGUGGUGGGAAAAGUACUGGUGGUUUGAUGCAUUAG